GAUUUCUCAGGGGAUAAAAUUUUGCUUAUUCAUACCUUCUACUGUGUCAAAAAUGGAUUAUUUUUCUCACCAAAAACCAGCAGCAUGAUGCCGCUCUGACACAUGCCUCAAGGAACUCUUAUUUAAAGUCUGUUCACAAUGGAUGCCUUCUAGCCACCCAGCGAGCCUCACUGCUGCUGCGUGUCUGGCAGCAUCUCUGAAUGUUCCCAUGACCCUUGAUAUGGAUGCAGUCCUGUCAGACUUUGUUCGGUCCACAGGGGCAGAGCCAGGUCUGGCCAGAGACUUAUUGGAAGGCAAAAACUGGGACUUGACAGCAGCACUGAGCGACUAUGAGCAGCUCCGGCAGGUGCACACUGCCAACCUGCCACAGGUGUUCAAUGAGGGCAAGUACUACAAGCAGCAGGAGCCGGAGCAGCCUCCCCAGGUGACGAAGGCUGAGCGGCCCUGCCUGCAAAGGCAAGAUGACAUUGCUCAAGAAAAGCGUCUUUCCAGAGGUAUUUCACACGCCAGCUCAGCCAUAGUCUCCCUCGCCCGAUCACAUGUAGCAAAUGACUGCGGCAAUGAACAGUUCCCUUUGGAGAUGCCCAUCUACACAUUCCAGCUGCCAGACCUUAGUGUGUACAGUGAAGAUUUUAGAAGCUUCAUUGAACGUGACUUAAUUGAGCAGGCAACAAUGGUUGCUUUGGAGCAAGCAG